GAAAACGGGGAAAUUUAGUUAUCACGGGACGAUUAUUUAUUGAAAAGAGAUUAUUUAUUAUAAGUAUGCAUUAUUAGAUAGAUGGAAUUGUCGUUUCUCUUGAUUUUAUUGACUUUCAAGAAUUAACUGACUGUGGUUGUGACCGACGCAGAAGAGUGACAAGCCGUGACGUGCGGUUCCUCGAGAUUUGGCAUAUUCAAAUUUGGAACGCGUUUUGAAAAUAUGAGCAGCUUACAUCUUGCAAAAGGCUCCGAGAACCCACCGAAACCAGAUGAAAUCGCUCGUUUGUACAGUAUGAAGUUUUGCCCAUUUGCUCACCGGAUUCGAUUAAUUCUGUCCUAUAAAAAGGUUCCCCAUGAUAUAGUUAAUAUAAAUUUAAUGAACAAACCCGAAUGGUAUUUCUCGAUUCACCCCGAGGGAAAAGUUCCUGCAUUCGUUGAUACCAAUGGUACUGUAGUGACCGAUUCCUUGAUUAUUGCUAACUAUUUGGAUGAUAAAUAUCCUAAUCCUCCCUUGUACAAUGAUACAACAAAAGACCGAGACAAGGAACUUAUCCAAAAAUACGAUGAGAUUAUUGAAAUCUUUUCAAAGUGCAUCCAUAAUAAGGACAAGAGGCCACUAGAUGAAAUCAUUGAAGAUAUAUCAAAUCAUCUAAUUGAAUUCGAGCAGGAAUUAGUUAUUCGUGGAACAACUUAUUUCGGAGGAGAAAAACCUGGGAUACUCGAUAUUAUGAUGUGGCCUUGGGCAGAGCGUGGGAAGGCACUCCGUAUACUCUACGAUCAGCCCCUAACCUUUGACAAAACAAGAUUUCCUCAGAUUCUUAAAUGGGUGUCGGAUAUGAAGGAAGAAAAGUUUGUACAAGAAAAUGCUGCUUCGUAUGAAAGAUUUGCUCAAUUAAUACAGUCUUUGAAUUCUGGAAGCGUCGAUUUUGACGCCGUCUGAAAUUUCAACUUUCAUAGCCACUCAAAAUAUUCUGAAACACCGUAAUACACGCUUUUCACCAUGAUACACAUUGUUACUUAAUGAGCUUCUCUACUCGCUAUAAGUCUAAUUCAAGUAUUUGCAAUAUACGAAGAAAUUAAUAUAUAACAAAUACGCCUAAGUAUUUACUAUGAGAUUAGUGCUUUAGAGGGAGUAAUUUUUUACGAAUUUAAUUGCGAAUCUCCUGAAUGAUACUUGUAACUCUCACAUUUUGCUAAGCCCUUGGCAUUUACCUUUGUUAGACUAAAUAUACAGUCGGUGACCUGUUACACCAAGAAAAAUGAUUUAUUAAAAUAAGAAAUAAAUCAAUAAUCAAUUUCUGAAGCUCA